CGUGUGUGUAUAUAUAUAUAUAUACAUGUUCAUGCACUAAACUCAAUAGCUCCCUCCCUGCUUACCUUUAUAAAUCUUCAGACCCUCAGCUCUGCCUAAACCAAAAACACAAACACAUUAUCAAUUAAUUAAUCUUUUUUUAUCGUUCCAACAAUGGUGGUUUUGUCGCAGCAGCCGAUUCCGGACACUCUGUCCGGGUUCAGGACAACAUGCAAGACGGCGGUUCUCACCCAAAUUCCGGUGGUGGACCUUUCCGACGGCGCCAAUGCGGCGCGUCUCAUUGUCGAGGCCUGCCGGGACUUCGGGUUCUUCAAGGUAGUCAACCACCGCGUCUCGCCGGAGCUACUGGCGGAGCUGGAGGCGGAGGCCGUCAAGUUCUUCAAACAGCCCCCGCCGGAGAAGGAGAAAUCAGGGCCGCCGAAUCCCUUCGGCUACGGCAACAAGCGCAUCGGAGUCAACGGCGACGUCGGAUGGAUCGAAUAUCUCCUCUUCUGCAUCAAUCACGAACUCACCGCCCAGAGCCCCCACGCCGCCGCCGUUCCCUGCAUUUCCCAUACCCUCCGGCGGCUCGUGAACAGGUACACCGCCGCCACUCGCGACCUGGCGGGCGAGGUCCUGGAAAUGGCGGCGGAGGGGCUGGGAAUCAAGGACAGGGGAGCGAUGAGCAGGCUUGUAAGAAGCCAGACAAGCGACUCAUGUUUCAGAAUAAACCACUACCCGCCGUGCCCUGAGGCGGCGCCGCCGCCAAUGAGCGGCGUGGUCGGAUUCGGAGAGCACACCGACCCGCAAUUAGUGUCUGUCCUAAGGUCCAACGCCGUGUCGGGACUCCAAAUUUGCCUCAAGGACGGCACGUGGCUGCCCGUGCCGCCCGACCACGCGUCCUUCUUCUUCCUUGUUGGCGACUCCCUCCAGGUGAUGAGCAAUGGGAGAUUUAGGAGUGUGAAGCACAGAGUGGUGGCGGGGGGCCAGAAAUCGAGGUUGUCGAUGAUAUACUUUGCGGGGGCCCCUCUAAGUGCAAAGAUCGAACCUUUAGCAUCGUUGAUGGGGGAAGGGGAAGAGAGUCUGUACAAGGAAUUCACAUGGUCUGAAUACAAGAAGUCAGCUUACAAAUCCAGAUUGGGUGCUCAUAGGUUGGGGCUUUUUGAGAAAAAAUCAAUCAAUCUUCAACCCUAAUCCAAAAUCCAUUUUCAAUUGUCCUUUUAAUUAGGACAAUCAAAAUCUUGUGUGUGUGUGUGUGUGUGUGGUAUGGGUCUGUCUGGCUGUCUGACUGUCUGUGUGGUGUGGUCGGCUCAAUCCCACCCCUUUCUUAUUCCACAAAAAGGCUACGUACGCUACUUUUACAGGGGUUGACCCACCCCAUUUUGCCUUAGGUGGAAAAUAAAUAGGUUCUUUAAAUUAUUAUCAUUAUUAUUCGUUGUUGGUAGUUAAUUAUUUUAUUUGGGCCCUCUUAGUUUGUGUUUAUUAAAUUUCGUCAACUAACUUCUUCUCAUCUUGCGUUUCAAUUGUAAUUUGUAACCACCACCACUCCUUGUAGUAUUAUUAAUGCAAAUUUUUUG